GUUCACUUCGAAUAGUACGUGGAGAUUAGCGCGCUCUCAAUUUGUAGAAUAGUGCCCACAGAAGAAAUUGAUCGCAUCAAACAAUAUUAAAAGCACAAAGCACGCACACGAAAACCUACAACUCAUCAUGCCUCCCGCCGGCGAAUCAGAAUGGAUGGGACACGGGCAGCCCCAGGUGGAGCUGCGGCGGUCCUACAUCAAAUUGCCCCGCGGCCGGGUUCACGCGGUGCCGAAUAACAACUUGCACUACGACCCGAGCACCGGGGAGCCGCAGGUCGGCAUCGCGUUUGUCCGCGGGAAGGAUUCCCAUUUGGUGGGUGCGGGCACGGUGCCCUUUCUGCGCACGGAGGAAACUACCCGGCCCGGAGCGAACCAGACGCUCGGGCCCAGCGGUCGAUUUGUCGGCUCAAAAUUGUACCAGAACGAAUGGGUGUUUACCCCGGGGGAGGAGCAGGUCUUUUGCAGCGACGUGCUGGAAAAGGCAGGGUACGACGAACACGGACACGCCAUCUAUUACGACCGACCGCGGCGGGAACUGAAGGCGAAGCUUGCCGCCGACCGGAUCGAAGACGGAAGGAGGGAGCUGCUGGCGAGUAUGGGUUUGGGACUUGGUCUGGCUGGGUCACGACGUUUGAUAGAGUAAGACGUGUGUUGGAUAGGUAAGCAUGACAGGUGCAUUUUGUGAUGCUGAUUUGCAAUGAGAACUUGCAGUCAGCUGCAGUAGAGAGCAGGGCCUGGUUCACGAUUUUCCCGUGCAUAGCAGGAGAACAAGCGGAGCACCAAGCGGUGGAGAAUGCGGCAAUUCUAUCGCAAGAAAAAAGUGUUACAGUUACACAUUGUGUUGCAAGACCGGCAACACAGACAACCUCUCUCAUGCAGGAAAUGCUUGGGAGCCUCGUUUCCUUCCUGUUUUCCCUUAUGAUCUUCGCAUUACAAGUUUUCUCUGCCAGACAGAGAAAAUUUGUGAUGCAGAAACUCCAACAAAUGUGUAACUGUAACACUUUUUUCUCGUGAUAAAUUCAGAAGCCGUAUUUAUUUUCGAUAUUAAGUAACCUCCAACCUGGUGCUCGUGUCUCUUUCUUUUUGCGAUUGCUUGCUGAGAAAACGAAAAGUUGCUCCGUCACACGGCAUAAAAUCGGCAUGACACAAUGAAACACUACUCCACAGGCACUACUACGAUAGCUACAGUGGUUACGCAGCUUGAAAACCAGCAGCUCGAAGAGCGGUCUUUCUUCUUGGCGGAUGGCACACCAGGCAUGAAACAAAAUCUUCUCUCUUUUUGUUUUGAUGUAUGCAAGUGUUGCAUGAACUAGCAAGAAUAGGACAAGCCUUCAUCUUUGACGCAAUUUAUUCGUGCAUCUUCGUUGCAAAAAUCUCUUCCGGCGGCAUGAAGAAAGCUGAGAAGUGUCGACGACGCCGCGCCGAAAAGAAAGCCGGUCUCUUUUCUCCACCAUACUUCGGCCACACUAGUGCAGCGCAAUGGGAAGUACGUCGCGGCAGCGGAGCAACCGAUGGCCUGGGACUCCAUCUUUGAUGACCUGUUUGAUUUCGAUAACUUCAGAAUCCGCUGGCCCUAUGACGACCCAGACCGGAAUAAGUUGCUGCACCAAGACGUUUACGACUGGUAUUUGAAUAAGUAGGUUGAGUUUAUUUCUUCGUUCUGAACAAGAUCUGCAAGCCGUGAGUUCAGCAUGAGAAGCUAUGGUUCUGUCGCUGCUGUUCUGCAUGAGAAGUGUUGGAGCGCUGCGGUGUCAACAUGGCUUUAUCUCACCUGUUCAGCAUUACAGAAUCAACAGCAAUCCAUUCGAAAAAUAAAUCAGGUAUGACCGCGCUAAUCCAUAUCUGGAGCGCGACGAGGACGUGAUGAUUACGGAAACUUUACGACAAAGAGAAAAUCUGUACAUGUAAAGUCAUAUAUUAGCAUUAGAAACUGCCUUUCUCAUGCUAGAUCAUGCAUGACAGACUUUUUCUUUUUCCCCCUCAUACCCGGCAUCCGCGUACGUGGAAGAGAAGCCGACGCUUGACCCGGGCGGUUUAUGGAAAUGAGAAAAGCCUUUUUUCUACGGCGAUCUUUUGUCAUGCGGGUCUUGCAUUAUAGACUGAGUGUACUUGUCAUGCUGAUAUCACUAGCCACAGCUUGGUGUAAAAACUUUGAUGCAGCAAAAGAUCAAUGCCUUUUCAAUCUUUUUCCAUACCCGUUUUUCGCUGCCCUGGAUGACGUGCUGGAGUCUCUGAAGCCCUACUAA